CAGAUAUCAUCUUGAUCCACUUUUUUGACAUGUCUGUCGUUGUGUACCCGCAGGAAGACGAAGACUGCCCAUCGUUCUCAUCUACAGCCCUUCAGAUUCUCACUCAGGAUGUAUCUUCUCUCCUUUCCCUUUCUCUCGAGACGACAGCUUCUGUCCUUCACGACUGGUUCCGCUCUUCGCUCGGCAUGGUUGGGUUCGGAGGCGACUUUGCACCUCGAGAUCGGCAGAAACCGGACAGCGAAGAGGAGAGCGGGAGGGGUUUGGCCGUUGUUAUUGUCGGUGCUGGUGAAGCCACCGGCCAAUCCCUUACGCUUCACCUCGCCAAAUCAGGGUACACAGUCUUUCCCUUUAUCCCGCUCCCCUCGUCUUCCCCCUCCAUCUCUACGUACAAUGACACUUCAUCUGCACCCACUGACGCACUAUCCAACAUCCUUCUCACAUGGUCCGCCACCCGUAAACGUCUUUGUGCGCGGAUGCCGAACCAUCCGGGCGCGGUGGUACCUAUCAUCGUCGAUCCUGAGGGUGUGAGCGGUGAAGGAGAAGUGGGUGAGCUGGCGGAUGUCGAGAAGGAUAGGAAAGAGGGAGAGGAAUUUAUAUGUGGCAGGUUUGCACAUGCGGGCGAGACGGUGAGGGCGUAUAUCCGCGAGAAUGAAUUAACCCUCGUCUCGAUCAUCUGUAUCUCGCCCUCACCUUUGCCUUCUCCCGCCACGCCCCACCUCUCCCUCUCCCCUCCCUCUCCUCUUUCGACGCACCCCCCCUCCCUCACCACCACCGCUACCGACCUGCUCCUCCCACGGGAUUCGCUGGUGAAUACCCCCGAAUCAACGCUGCAUUCAAUUUACCGCACAAACGUCCUCGAUCCGGUGAGCGUGGUGAGAGAGUUAUCGGACGUGCUUGUUUCGCCGCUCGGGUUUGGGCCCGAGUACUGGGGCAGGGGGAGAGGUAAGCAGAGUCAGGGAAGAGUUAUAUUCAUCAACCCUUCCCCCAUUCUUUCCCCAUCGUUGCAAGCAGGCUCAUCAGCCGGCGGACACGUCGAUUCAAUGAAUCGACACCACCACCGCCUCUUUCAAACGACAAACCUAUCAAGCGUGAACAGCGUGAACAGCCUGACGACAUCCCUCCGCAGCGCUACCGCCCGUAUACUGCGGGAUGAACUGUCCGUCCUAGGGGUCGGGGUGUGCGAGGUGGUGGUAGGUCCUAUGUGGGAGAAACCGCGGCUGGCUCGAUGUUGGGGCGGGGGCGAGGAGGGUAGGAAGAUGGACAUGCCGCCUACCCCUGGCCCCACCCCGACCAGGCUGCUCAUCCUCUCCCGCCUGUGGGCAGUCGACGACGCCCUCCUCUUCGCCUCUGUCCGCCGCGCACUCGAAGAUCGAUACCCCCGAUACCGCCACUAUGCCGGUUUGGGUCCCCUGGUGGAUGAUCUGGCGGGGGCGAUACCGGGCGGCGGGGUGAUGACUGGCCUGGGCAGGUGGGUGGUCGGUAAGGUUUUGGGUUGAGUUUUUUGCGUGUUGUUGUUGUUGUUGUUGUUGUUGUUGUGAAAUGUGUGCGUAUGUAUAUCAGAGUUUUAGUGGUUGUACCCAUCUUUUGGUGCUAAAGGAUAU